AUGGACCCGCAGGCGUCUUCUUCAACCAAAAAACGUAAAAUUGACGCAGAAUCAGAAGUAAAAACUACUUCGAUACUCGAAGGACUUCAUUACACAAAAGUUCAUGUGUUAGGCGAAAGCUACAACAAGAAUGCCUACAGUUUUAAAGAAAUCAUUAAUGCUAUUCAGCCGAAACGGUCGAUUCACUUCAAUUUUUGCGUCGAUUUUGAGUUUGUUAUGAAGUAAGUUUUUUACAUCUCUUUAUUUUAUAUUAAGUUAAUGUUAAUUAAAAAUUGCUUUAGAAACUAUCCUAGCCACUUGAGAAACAAACCGAUUACAAUAAUAACUGGCAGUGAAAAAGAUGUUGAGGAUGGUGAAUAUUUAAAACAACACUUUCCCAACUUGAAGGUACAAUGUGCAAGUAUGGUAUCUCAAUGGGGAACUCAUCACACUAAGCUAUCAUUGUUUGAGACAGAGUCUGGACUACAUGUUAUGAUAUCUACUGCCAAUCUAAUUCACGAUGACUGGGAUCACCUUACCCAAGCUUUUUACUACGCUUACGGACCGUACUUAAUUGAUGACGGUAAUUUUUAGUUUAUUGUUUUAACUUAAAUAGUAUAAUAUCGAUUGUAUGUAGUUUGAAAAAUGGUAUAACAUGCACAUUUCAGUCGCAACGUCAAAAAGGACCAAAGUGGUGGAUAAUUUUGGUGAUGACCUGAAGAAGUACAUCAGAACUGCCUACUUGAACCCUGGUUUAAAGAUUCUGAAUAGAGUGCAAGACUGGUCAGACAUCUUUGCUGAGAAACUGCCGGACUUUAGUCACAUCAAGGAUAGGCUAGUCUACUCGAUUCCAGGCAAAGAGUGGGUUCAGCCAAUGGGUUAUGUUAUACUACGUGACCUUCUGAAGGACCGUUUGAAGGAGGACGAGAUUAAGGAUUGUACUUUUGUAACUCAGAUAAGUUCAAUUGGGAGCUUGGGGCAGAGUAAACACGAAUGGCUAUGUCGAGAGUUUGGGGGGAGUCUUUGUGGGAAGACUUCUGGGCCUAAAGGUUCGUUUGAUUAAUGUUUUGUUAUUGAUUAAUGGGUUAAGAUUAUUAUAUUGAAUGUCUUUUCACAAAAAAGCUGCAUGAUGACACUACUCUAUGUGGACUGUGUAUUGUAGAUAUGAACCUGAAGAUAGUGUACCCUUCGAUGCAAACUAUGGCAGAUUCCGUAGACGGCUGGCUGAGUGGAGGAUCGUUUCCCUGGAGUGACAAUAUCUAUUGGAGACAGAAGUGGAUGAACGAUCACUUUUGCGAUUGGAAAAGCGAUCAUUUGGGCAGGUAAUUCUUAGUUUUACUCAAAUCAUGGUCAAUAAUUAAGUAGAAACGUACUUUCGUACCUGUAUGAAUUAUGAUAAUAUUAUUAAGACACAUUGUUUUGCGUAAGGAACAUUUAAUACUAUGUCUUCAGGACAAGAUGCAUGCCCCACAUCAAGAGUUACGCUGUUGUAACUUCUGAUGAUACUGUAAAAUGGCUGUUAAUCACAUCGGCUAACCUCUCCAAAGCUGCAUGGGGAAGACUGAAUAAUAAUGGUCGUACUACUUUUGUACAUUCAUAUGAGUUGGGAGUAUUGAUGCUGGCAGAGAAUUCAGAAGCACCUCUGCAGCUACCGUACGAUUGGCCUUUGAAAGGGUACAGUAAUACUGACACACCAUUCAGAAGGAACGCCAGAACUAAUAUCAAGGACUGUGAAGGUAGAGAGUACCCUUACACUCAGUAA